UCAAGAAUCCAACUCCCACUUGUGGUCCUCCCUCUGGCCUGGAGCCAUGGAUGAGUUGUAGAGUGAGCUUCGACAGCAGAAGAUGGAUUCAGGCUCUCUCAAGCCCUCCGGGGCCUCAAGCAGCACUGGGGACGCUCUCAGUGGCCUCACGUUUGGGAAAAAGAUUUACUUUGAGGAUGGUGGAGGAGGAGGAGGAAGCGGGAGCUCCUCGAAACCACCGCUGGCUCCGGCGAAGGCAGCAGCGCCGCCGCCUGCGACUAGGAAAGGUAAGGCGGUUGCGCAGCCUCAGCCACCGAGGUGCCAGGUGGAGGGGUGCAAUGCCGAUCUGACCGGGGCAAAGACUUACUACUGUAGGCAUAAAGUAUGUGGGAUGCAUUCCAAGGCUCCCAAGGUAGUUGUUGCAGGCUUGGAGCAGAGGUUCUGUCAACAGUGUAGCAGGUUUCAUCAAUUAUCUGAAUUUGACCAAGGAAAGCGCAGUUGCCGUAGACGUCUUGCAGGACAUAAUGAGCGUCGGAGGAAGCAAGCUCCUGGACCUUUUGCAUCGCGUUACGGCCGUCUUGAAUCAUCCGUUCACGAACCAGGCAGAUUCAGAAGCUUUAUGGUGGAUUUCAGCUACCCAAAUUUCUCAAACACUGCAAGGUCUGGCCUAAUGGCCGCAAACGAAUGGCGCAGAGGAGCAGAUGCUCCACCCCUCACACCGGCGUUGCACGACACACAUCCAUGCUUCCAGGGAUCUCAUUCUCCUGCAGGGUCAUUCGGCGCUUCCACGGGAAUUCCACCCGGUGAAUGCCUCACAGGAGUCUCAGACUCGAGCUGUGCUCUCUCUCUUCUGUCAACUAACACAUGGAAUAGAAACUCCAACAAUCAUCCUCCGGUGCUUCCAGCAACCAGCAACUUCGAUGGCUCCCCAAUGUCCCAUUCAGCCGUCGUCCGCGAUCGCGGGACUAGUUCAUGGGGGUUCAGAGGUCACGGAGACUGGACCACUUCACACGACAUCCAGCAUGAAAUGGGAUUAGAAGGAGCAACUGGCGCAAGUAAUGCUCAUUUCUCAGGCCAGUUAGAGUUUGCUUUACAUGAAAACGAUCAGUGCCUUGAUCAUUCAGGCCCGAGCAUGAAUUGGUCUCUGUAACCCUGCUCAUGGUUACUUUAUGUUGAUGAAAUCUUUGCGAUACAUGCAUGUGCAGCAUGUAUCGAAAUUUUGUUUGAUGGCCAGCAUCAUGCAGCCAAACCUCGAUGAACAUUGCUACACUGAUAUGUAUCUAUCUAUAUUUAUGAAACCUGUGCUAAAAUUUGGAUUAGGCGUGAUA